GUUCCCCCGCGCACCCCGUCGCCCACCCGGACAAUCUCCCCGGUUCGCUGCGCGUCCGCGUCCCUGGCGCGCGAGCGAGCAAGGCCCCCGCGUCGCCCGCCGUCCCCCCUCGCCGCCGGCGCCGGCCGACAUGGGCAACUGCUGCUGCGGGGGGUCGUCAUCAGCGGAGCCCGCGCCGCCGGACGCCUCCGCCGGCUCCAGCCGCCCCGGGGGCAGCUCCAGCGGGGGGGCGGCCGCCGCGCUCUCGGCGACCUCGGCGCCCACGCCCGCCAAGCCACCGGCGCCCGUCGGCCCCGUGCUGGGCCGGCCCAUGGAGGACGUCAAGAGCACCUACACCAUCGGCAAGGAGCUCGGGCGCGGGCAGUUCGGCGUCACGUCGCUGUGCACGCACAAGGCCACGGGGGAGAAGUUCGCGUGCAAGACCAUCAGCAAGCGCAAGCUCUCCACCAAGGAGGACAUCGAGGACGUGCGCCGCGAGGUGCAGAUCAUGUACCACCUCUCCGGCCAGCCCGGCGUCGUGGAGCUCAAGGGCGCCUACGAGGACAAGAACUCGGUGCACCUCAUCAUGGAGCUCUGCGCCGGCGGGAUGCUCUUCGACCGGAUCAUCGCCAAGGGCCACUACACCGAGCGCGCCGCAGCGUCGCUUCUCCGCACCAUCGUCGAGAUCAUCCACACCUGCCACACCAUGGGCGUCAUCCACCGGGACCUCAAGCCCGAGAACUUCCUCCUCCUCAGCAAGGACGAGAACGCGCCGCUCAUGGCCACUGACUUCGGCCUCUCCGUCUUCUUCAAAGAAGGGGAGGUGUUCAGGGACAUCGUCGGCAGCGCGUACUACAUCGCGCCGGAGGUGCUGAAGCGGAGCUAUGGGCCGGAAGCUGACAUCUGGAGUGUCGGCGUCAUCGUCUACAUCCUGCUCUGCGGUGUUCCGCCAUUCUGGGCAGGCAAGCUAUCUUGCUUCAUCGAUCUUAGGCACUUAGCAAACGGGCAGGUUGACUUCACCAGCGACCCGUGGCCGCGCAUUUCGCAUGGCGCAAAGGACCUCGUCAGGAAGAUGCUCAACCCUGACCCCAAGCAGCGGAUUUCUGCACACGACGUCCUCAAUCAUCCGUGGAUCAAGGAGGAUGGCGAGGCGCCUGACACGCCGCUGGACAACGCUGUCCUCGGCCGGCUCAAGCAGUUCAGAGCCAUGAACCAGUUCAAGAAGGCGGCGCUAAGGGUUAUCGCCGGAUGCCUGUCGGAGGAGGAGAUCAGGGGUCUCAAGGAGAUGUUCAAGAGCAUGGACUCCGACAACAGCGGCACAAUAACCGUGGACGAGCUCCGCCGAGGGCUGGCCAAGAAGGGCACCAAGCUCAGCGAGGCCGAAGUCCAUCAGCUGAUGGAUGCUGUAAGCGCCGACGCCGACGGGAACGGGACGAUAGACUACGAGGAGUUCAUCACGGCGACGAUGCACAUGAACCGGAUGGACCGGGACGAGCACCUCUACACCGCGUUCCAGUACUUCGACAAGGACAACAGCGGGUACAUCACGAUGGAGGAGCUGGAGCAGGCCCUGCGGGAGAAGGGGCUCCUCGACGGCCGGGACAUCAAGGAGAUCGUGGCGGAGGUCGACGCCGACAACGACGGGCGGAUCAACUACACGGAGUUCGCGGCGAUGAUGAGGAAAGGGGACCCGGAGCCGUCCAACCCCAAGAAGCGGCGCGACGUCGUCCUGUGACCGUGAGCCGUGAGGCGAGGCGCGCGCGCAGCGUGGGCGGGCCGGGCGGCGGCGUCGAGCUCGUGAACAGAUCGGCGCGGCUGAUUCGGCAUGGUGGACGGCGGCGAGGGGACCGAUCGAGCUAGAAGCAACAAACGCAUGUAUUCUCGGUACGCACGCACGCUGCUCUGAUACGUGUUGGACGUAGCGAUGGGAGAGAGGGG